UUUGAGAACACCGGCGCGAAAAACUACGUUUAUUUUGUUUACGCAGACAGCAAAGACAUUUCUGAUGUGUACAACGGGAGACAAUGGAGAAAUAAUCAUCCUCAGUGAUGAUGAAGACGAUGAAGAACUUGCUAUAUCAUGCAGUGAAUCCUCGGUGCUCAUUGUGGAGGUGGAGGAUACGAAGAAGAGUGAUUUCGUCCUACCUCCAAAUGCUCUGGAUGAAGACCUGGUCGUGACCUUCUCCCGCCGUGCUGAGGUGCUGCCUCAUGCACGCUAUGACUGCCCCAUACAUCCUUUCACGGCUACAGACUGUGAGAUCAACGCUCCUGUGGCCAGCAACCAGCUCAUGUGUGAUCAGUGCUUCUGCUACAUCUGCGACAAGCUGGCCUCAGCGUGUGCAAUGUGGUGUCACAGUGGCACAUGUCACUGCAACAGCCACAAAAGGAGUGACUUCUGGAACAACCUGAGAAAUGGCACGCUGCUGGGGGGACUGAAGACUUUCAAACUCACUCUGUCUGAGAUAGAUGGUCACCUCCGACGUGCAGAAAUGAUGCUACAGUGCUUCAAACAAGACCUUUCUGCACACUUAUUAAUCUUCAUGAUGGGAAAGACGUUACAGGAUUAUGGUGUAAACCUGCCAAACCAGAGAGGCCGCGUCUUUGAUUACACCCCUGUGUACGAGUUUGUGUCGUCAUUCCUGAACAAAGCAGAUGAACAGGACGAAAGAGCUGCUGCCAUCAUGAGACUUGGAGCUGCUGAAGACUUUAUUAAACAUUUUCAACCCUCAGAAGGUCUCAUCAUACAGUCUGCCUUUGCCUGUGUUGAUAUGGCUAAAGCGACGUUGCUUCACAGGGUCGUAUCGUCAGUGCAGCGACAGCUGGUGAUGGCUGAUUUCACUCCAGAGUUCAACCAAAAACUGCAGAAUUUUUACAAGAGACUACAAUUACCUGUCAAGCUGAAGACCAUGAGGAACAGCCUGUGUGUUCGUCCCUGGGAGGACGUCCUGCUGGUGUCUGUGCUGAAGGGGCAGAAUGUGUCAGGUGUUCGCAAAAACAAAGGCAAGAGGGACGUCCUGAGCGAACCGCUUUCUAUAGUUCUACUGAGAACAGAGCUGCUACAGCAACAGCACAGGUACAGAGAGUUGAGCCGCUACCUGCGUGUCGUCCAGAGUGAUGGCAAUGCACUCUUCCAGCAGGUUCAAGACCUCGUCCCGUUCUUCAUGUGUAUGGACGGACACUUCAUGUCGGCUUGCAACAGUUUCUUCCCCUCGGUGAACGCCCCCGCCUCCCGCUUCACGCCGUCCCUCUUCCUCUUCUAUCUCCGCAUCUUUGAAACGGCAACUGCACCAAAGCUGACAGUCAAUCAGCCGGCAGCGCUCUGCUGUCCUGAUGCACCAUGGGAGCCAAUUAAAGAUGCUAUUCCACUAAAGCGUGCUGAGCUGGUGAAGUUUGCUCUCAGGGUUCAGAGAUUCUGCUUUGCUGUCUUCAUUGAUUCUCAGUGUUGGACUUGUUUACUCAGAGUUGUCAACACACCUUCUGCUUCACUCACCGCUCUACCAGCACCGAACGCAGAGUUUCUACAUGAAGCAAAGGAAGUUGUGAAUUUGAUACUGCACAAGCAGCACGGGUCAAACAUACAGAUCCCAUGGAUCUUCCUGGAGGUGUACCCAGAUCAGGCCUUGUUACUGUUGGUAACAGGCGCUUUAGGUUUGAGAAUCCUCAAUGGUGCCCUGAGCCCAGCACUCCCUGUGCUCAACACCUUUAAGGAGAAUGUGUGGGCUCUCCAGUGGCUCUGGGAAAAUUUGUCCUCCAACGCAGAACGUCUCAACUCCUUCUUACAGGAAAUCACACGGGAGGUGGAAAACACAUCAGAUGGGGAUAAUUCAUUACCCUUUCUUCGUUACAUCAUGCCCACUCUGUCUUCUUCAACAGAGAACUGGGACCACACAUAUUCGGCUGUUAAACUCUGUCUUCCCCGAGUGAAAGUUCCGUCACAGUGUCAGCUCUUGUCCUGAUGCACAUCGAUGCUACUGCCAGAAUCGUGAACGUCCUGAAAUGCAGAGGUCACUGUGCGGCCGCCUCCUCUGCACAGGCUCAAGUACUGAGAGUUUUCAGUUUCAUACAGACGUCGGAGUAAACCUGCACAGACUGUGAUACGCAGAAUAACAUCCUCACAGUUAUUCAGCAUUUAAUAACUGCAUAGAGACACAAUAUGUUGCUUUGUUCUUUAAUGGCUUGUUGGUGGGAACUGGCUACAGAGCUCUGCGCUGUAUGAUUUUUAUUUUGUAUGUUCAUUACCUUCUGGAAAUACUUUUGGAUAUUAAUUUUUUUUAUUGUAAUUGAGGCCAUUAUGUGACACUUUAAAUUAAAUUAAAAAAUUGACAGCUUUAUGAACCUCUUUGGCCAAAAGAAAAGAAAGGAAAGGAAAUAUAAGUCUUGGUUGCUGAAUGAUUUCUUCAAAUGUAGAGUUCCUGUGUAAAAUAUGAUUUUAUUUAUUGUAAAUAUACACAUGCUGAAAUCGGCUCAUAUUUGCAUCAUUAGAAUAACAAAAGUACAGUGUUUAACAGGAGGAGGCUGUUGCUCUGUUUCAGCUGCAGUUCAAAUACAUUCAAAAGUUUACAUAACAGUACAUGACUAAUAUACUUUAAAUGUCAGUAGUAAAAGUGGGACUAAUUUUAACUACUUAAUGUAGCUUUAUCUACAAUAACACAAUUUCUCUGCUUAUAUUUUGUUUCAAUUUGAAUCUGACAAAUAACUAAACAUUUCAAAUAGAUAUAGUUGAGUGAAGUAUUUCCCUGUAUGAAGCAGAGUACAAGUAUAAAGUGGCAUAACAUGGAAUUAUCAAGUACGGCUGGUGUACAUAAGUACAGUACUUUCAAACAAAUCAGAUGUUCUGAUUGUCAGCUUAUUGAUUAAAGUGUAUUCACUGAGGUUCAACUGAACCCUGCUGCACAUGUGGUUUAACUGAGGUCUAAAGCCAGUGUGUAGAAAACAGUCAGUGGGGAAAAGUAAUUAAUUGCAUUUACUCAAGUACUGAAUUAACAAAUCUGAGGUACUUGUGUUUUACUUGAUUAUAUCCAUUUUAUGCCACUUUAUACUCAACUACACUUCAGACAGAGUGCUGUACUUUUUACUUUUUACCACAUUUAUCUAUUAGUUACUUGUUAAUUUCCAGGUUUAACUUAAAAAACAUAAUCUCAUAAAAACAAUUACUAAGUAUUACAUUUCCAACUUUCCCCCCUUUGUCCCUCUAGAUGGGGAUGCUUGUCAUGUUUCAGAUCUAUAGAUAUUUCACAAAUAACUGCAAAGACUAUUGAAAAGUCUGAAGAAUGGAAACAAAUGUGUGUAUAUAAUAAAAUAUCACUCACUGGGACCUUUUUUACUUUAAAAUGAGCU